AUGAAACUAGAGAGGACAGUGCCGACAUGGGCCUAUACCCGGACUCGCUGGCUUCUCGAAGCAGGGGCCGAUGUGCAUGUCUCCGACAUGAAUGGCAUGUCAUGUUUCGAUCUUGCCUUUCACAUCGACGACUAUGAACUGCAGAGAACCAUCAUUCCGUACACGGACGUCGAUGUCCUCGAGACUAUUCUUGUUGCCGAGACCCUGCGUGGUCCCCUACUCCAACAGUGGCUCCGUGACAGUCUUGAGUCUACCUUGGCCAACCUACGUCUUCUGGUUAAAUCCGGAGCUUGCCCAGAUGCGAGAAGCUCUGUUGGCCAAAAUUGCCUUCAUAUCUGUAUCCAAUUUGCAGACUCUCGAAAAGCGCCCAACGCUCUACGUCGCGCCUUGGUAGAAUUAAUCAGCCAGGGCGCGGAUGUCAAUGCAACAGAUCACAGCGGAAACACCGUGACGGAUGUUGCCUUUCGACGUUUGGACCCCCGAGGUGCGCAAGGCACUUAUCCAGCCGAUCUCUGGGCGUGCUCGCUGGCAGCAUGUGGAUAUGACGUGCUUGGCGAGUUCCAAGGGGGCCAAGCCCGGCUCACUCGGUAUGGUUCCCGGUACAAGAAAAAACACUUUGAAUCGCUAUGGGAGGGAAUAGAAGACAGGUCCUAUAUUCUCAACAAUGUUCUCAGCCUUCCAAGAGAAACGCUCAACCACACCUUCCCUGAGGUUUUGAAAACAAUUCCUCAGACUGAACUUCGGACUCUUCUUGAUUUUCACCUAUCAUUUUUCGAAGGCACAAACCAUUACGAAUGGAUCCCCGACUUACGACAAGCGGGCGUGGAUAUGGAAUCCAUCCAAGCCAUUAUCGUAUCAGAUGGAGAAAAUACUACGAAAGAGCUAUUUUUCGAUACACCGCCCGGGGAUCUCAAGACACAGAAAGUCACCUGCCGCUUUCCACAGUUACAGUUCCAUCACUCCUCUUGCUGCCAUCAUGAAACCCUUCAAACAAUAUCAACGGAGCCCGAGGCGUGGUUGGAUGGCCGUGAUGUGGCCAGAAAGUUGUCUAUUGCCACAAGUAUGGAGCCACUAGCCAAACACUUCUUUAUGCCUCCACCCUUGGAAGGCCGGGCUUGGCUCUUUCGCUCUCCCGUCCAUUACAAUACUCGGAUCACCCAGUCAAUAGAAGUGAAGACGAUGCAAGUGAGCGCAUCGCGAGGUUCCGAGGGUCUUGACUGCUUCAAGGCAGUUUGGCGGGACAUUCUGCAUUUGGCAGCUGAGUGGCAGUCCACGGGCUUAUGCUGCGACCGAAUCUCCAUAAUGCUCCAAAACAGGCCGAGCCAAGUAGACUUGGAGCCUAUUCUACUCCAGCAUCUGCUGGGAGUUUACGAGGAAUUGGACUUUCUCGCCAGCAUCUUUGAGGAUGAUAUGAAAAGCCAGGACGAACUGCGUGUGAUGGCUUCUGAAGAGAAUGGCAACUUUGCAAACACGGCAGCCCUAUAUCGAAAGCUGUUCCGUGACAUGCAAGGUAUUGAGCUACUAGACCAGGAAUUCUUUGUUUCUUCCAGCAGGAAGCAGACACUGCAUCACUUCUGCCUCCUCACUCAAGCGGUCGGCCUCGCCAUGCUUUUGCAACAGCAGUGUCAUACUGGCCAUAUCCACCCUUAUUUUCUCCAAUACCCGGUUUCUAGCAUCACUCUUGAGGGUUACGAAGACUACCACAACACUGAUAGACCCGAAUAUAGCGCUGACUUCGGGCGUGCUGCACGGAGCUACGAUGAGGAUUUGAAGAUCACUGCAAGAUUGCAAGAUCUAACGUGCGCAGGGAAGAUGCUGGGAGGUCCUGUAUUUGUUUUCACUACAAUACCAAAGCAAACGGAACCAGCCAUGCUCUAUGGCAGCUGCGAGGAUCUCGUCGACACAUUCGGUCAGUGCAGCAUCAUUUCAGUUGAUGCCGACAAUCGAUUGAACACCGUGGUGGGUGUUCGAAUCGGAGGCGGUACCAUCUUUCCAACUCAAGGCACGUCCUCUUCGGGUCAACGACUGUUCCACUGGGGUGACUUUCCCACGAACAUUGAUGAACCUUCUACGUUCGGUUACACCGAGAAGAUUCUCAUCGGCGCACCAGUUACCAACAACGACUGCACCCUCAAAGAAGAAGAUGCGAGACGCGAAGCUAACGCCGCUGGAGCGCUCUCGCUUGUCCACGUUCUCAAGCCCUUUUGGUUUAAAGACCAAAUCCAAGCAGGCCUGCAAGGGGGCCAGUACGUCAACUUGACUGCUGGCGUAGUGUGGAAGCAUUGUCCUGGCAGAUCUCUGAAAGAAGCUAUCUUGAAAGGAUAUGCCUUGAACAACAGCUUGCAUUUUCUCAAUGACCUGUCUGGACUCCAAUUCAGCAUCUGCACAGGCUUAGCACGAAGAGUCCCACUAAGAGAGCUCUUGGUGGAAAGCCCGUUUUUCGACAUGCUUGACCACGCAGGCAUCCAAGGAUGGGACAGUAUUAAGGAGAAUGUCAGAGAACUAUUCAAGGCCCCGAUCAGCCAUGAAAUAUUGAGAGACCAGUGCCGCUUUCCUAGGGAGACUCUUCACGAAGCAUGCCGAAUCCUUUUGGCCCAUCUCCAACCCACCGGCGUGGGCAUGGAUGGGCAACUAAGGAUCCUCUGGCCCGCUCCAGAGGAACCUGGGUAUUGUUUUGUUGCUAACCCCGAAAGGUAUCCACAUCUUCAAUGGUGCCACAUGAUUCAAGACAGUGAAUGGUGUGCAACGUUUGCAGCAAUGACCACCAUGUGUAUCGAAACAGAAGGUCACCGAUGCCCCGGUCGAGAAUCCGCCGUACCAUGGCGUCUCGAGAGUAGUCUCCUAUCGACUGGGAUGUUUCAGCCCGACACGGCUGGCACAGUGCUAAAGGUCGGGGCUUCAUAUUGGGUUGGCGACACUGGCUCUGGGGUUUGGGUCACGGUCCGAGAGCCAGAGCAGGGAACACAGGUGCUGAUUUUGAACAAGCGGAUCCCUCCUAGCAUACAUAAACUUGCCUGCAGAAUACUGGGAUGGGAGGCUCUGAGGGAGUGCUACAUGAGAGAGACGUUGUCUACGGAUGUUGUUGUGUAUUCUAGGAGACGGUCGCCCUGA